ACAUAUUGGUGAAGGAGAACUAAUGGAAAUUAGGAUCCUGUGACUAUUAAUGGAAAUGCUAUAAUUUCAAUUAAUGGAACUAAUUAUGAACGGGUAUUAGUGUUUCUCGCAUAAACUGUUUUGGUCAUGAAAAUUAGUGAAGGAGAUUUGGUUUUUGGGCUCUGCCAAUUCCAUACAAAUUGAAGUUGCUAUGCAAUUUGAUUAAUCAAUUUUGAAGUUGCAAUCUUUGCCACAAAGAAUAUUUUGAGACCAGCCUCCAGAGAAAAUAAAAACACAAACUUUGUUCAAGUAUGGGAGUAACUGAAGAAAAAGAAAACCAUGCUGAUGAAAUUGAGAAGAAGGAAAAGAAAGAGAAAACUGAGGAUGCAAGUGGAAAAGAAGAAAAAUCUAAGGAUAAGAAGAAGAAAAACAAGGAAGAAAAUGAAGAAGGUGGAAAAGAGAAAAAGAAGAAGAACCCUGAAGAUAAGAAGGAUCCAGCAAUACUUAAGCAAAAACUUGAAAAAUUAGAGACCAAAAUGCAGGCUUUGGUGGCUAAGAAAGAAGAAAUAUUGAAGCUGCUUAAAGAAGCUGAAACAAAUUCAACUGAACCUGCUGUGGCUUCUUCUUAGAUUAACUUAUG